AGCUAUAACUACUAUCUGUAGCAGUAAAUAUCCUUAUGGAUAACAAGAAUAUUACUAGUAGUAUUAGUACUAUGAAAAUCAGAAGUAGUACCAGAAAAAGUAGUACUACUAGUACUUYCACUCCAACAACAACCAAAAACCAAAAACGAAAAGAAAGAGGGACGAACAAAGAUCAAUCGCAACAAAUGCAUGUAUCCGUAUCUACUGUAAUUUUAUGGCAGGUAGCCAGCAGCGAACACAAGACAUACCUGCAAUACUUUGUUUGCUCCCUGUAGCCGACUGUUCCCCAUGACUUGAUUGCAAAAGCAAAAGCACAGCAAACCAAAACGAAGAAACCAACAGAACCCGAAGCACAGGAUCGCACCACAGAAAACUCCACCCAUGAGCCGGCAAAGCAUACUCGAAGCGACCACCGAGACCAUCUCCAACGCAAUGGAUGCGACAACAGGCGAUGGCACCGAAGCACCGGUGGAAAAAGAGCAAUGCCCCGUGGAUUCCUUCGAUUACCUCAACCCGGAGUUCCUGGCGGUGUGCCUCGCGUCGCUGACCGUCGUCGGGUCCAUCGUGACCUUUUUCAUGCAGCGGGCCCGCGACCGGGUUGAGGAAAAGGAAGCCGAACGCAAGGCCGAGGACGAACUCGACCGCCAGCAGGCCCUGGAACGGGUCCGGACGCAGCUGAGCACGUACGUCGGGCCCCUCCACCGRCUCUACAAGACGCAGAACACGAUCCUCAUGCAGUACCGCAAGGAGAACGAGAUGCACAACAACCACCUGUUUCGGGCCAUGCAUCACAAGGGCUCUUUCUACUGGUCGCAAUGCUUCCAUCCCGAGACCCUGCAGGCCUUUCUCGAGGAUCCCUUCUCCCCCGGCGCCAGGGCCUACCGCAACAUGGUCGUUCGGCGCCUCAAGCCCGUCUAUACGCGCAUCCGGGAGCUCGUCCUGAACCACGCCGGCGAUCUGGCCGACAUGCCGACGCAGGGGGAGUGGCUGCGGAAGUACGACCGGGAGAGCGUCCUGUCCCCGUUCACCAAUUCGAUCCACGCGAACGUCAUCUUUGACACCUACACGGCCUGGACCUUUGAGUUCGACGACAUUAUCGAAUCGUGGACCACGGACGAGGAUUUUAGCCUGGUGCAGCCCACCACGAGGGUGGCCUGGCUCAUCUGCAACGACCUCGUCGACCUCCUGUACGAAAACGCCAAGGACAAGGAAGCGAAAUACAACAAGCACGUGAAGGUCCACAAAAACAUUGUGCACGAGCAGGAAACCUCCCUCCGAGAGAGUGGCAACCUUGCGACGACGCUCCCGGCCGUCCUGUCCCAGGUGGGGAUCAAAGCGAGGCAAUAGCGCAACAAAUCGUGGCGCGGAGGACACGCGACCGCACGGCACGAAACGCCGCCACCUGCUACGACUCUUCGAACACGGGACCUCGAAGAGGACACACACACA